UAAUAUAUAUGUUCCCACCAACUCUUAUUAUUUCAAUCUAUUCUAAACUAAUUCCAUUGCAUUCAUUCACCAUCUUCUCCACUUCAUUUCCAUCAUCUUUCUUCAUCACACAAGAAGAAGAAAAAUAAAAUCUUGUAAUCAAUAAUGGCCAUUCUUCUGUCCAACUUUCUCUUCCUAUUUCCAAAACAACUCCAUCACCCUAAACAAUACUCUUCUCCACUCCAUUACUCAACCUCAAAUUCUCACUUUCAAACCUCCAGAUUAUUCAAAACAACAAACACAGAACAAUCAUCACAAUGUCAAGUAAUUUCAAGAACCAGAGACUCAUACGCUUUCACAGAAGAACACGAAGAACAACAACAACAACAAAUCAACAUGGAAGAAUCAUUACCUGAAUCAAAAAUCGCCGAUUCCUGGCGAGAAAUCCACGGAAGCAACGAUUGGACUGGUUUACUUGAUCCAAUGAACGAUCUCCUCCGUUCCGAGUUAAUCAGAUACGGCGAAAUGUCACAAUCCUGCUACGACGCUUUUGAUUACGAUCCGUUCUCAAAAUACUGCGGAAGUUGCAGAUUCAGUCGAGGAAAAUUCUUCGAACGUCUAGGAAUGGAAAACGUAGGUUAUGAAGUAACGCGGUACCUGUACGCAACAUCAAACAUCAACAUGCCUAAUUUCUUCAAGAAAUCGCGAUGGCCAAAGGUGUGGAGCAAGAGCGCGAACUGGAUCGGGUACGUAGCUGUAUCGAAUGAUGAGAAAUCGAAGGAGCUAGGGCGGAGAGAUAUUGUGGUAGCCUGGAGAGGAACGGUGACGAGGCUGGAAUGGAUUACGGAUCUGAUGGAUUUUCUGAAACCGAUUGCGGAGGCCAAGAUUGGUUGCCCUAAUUCGGGAGUGAAGGUGGAAUCGGGAUUUGUGGAUUUGUAUACGGAGAAGGAGGAGAAAGGUUGUGGAUAUUGUAGAUUCUCGGCGAGAGAGCAGGUGAUGGCGGAGGUGAAGCGGCUGACGGAGAGAUUUGGGGGAGCGGAGGAGGAGAUGAGUAUUACGAUAACAGGGCAUAGCUUGGGAAGUGCUUUGGCGGUUCUUAGUGGUUUCGAUAUAGCGGAAACCGGGUUGAACCGGUUGGGAAAUGGUCGGCUUGUGCCGGUUUGUGUUUUCUCUUUCUCGGGGCCUCGUGUUGGUAACUUCUCCUUCAAGGAACACCUUCACGAAUUGGGAGUUAAGGUAUUGAGGGUGGUAAAUAUUCACGACAUAGUACCAAAAACGCCAGGAUUUUUAUUCAACGAAAGCAUACCAAGGGCGGUGAUGCAAUUUGCGGAGGGAUUACCGUGGAGUUAUUCACAUGUGGGGGUGGAGUUAAAACUGGAUCAUAAAGUUUCACCAUUUCUUAAACAAACCAACGACCCCGUUUGUGCCCAUAAUUUGGAAGCUCUCUUGCAUUUACUCGAUGGGUACCAUGGAAAAGGAGGUAGGUUCGUGUUAGCGAGCGGGAGAGACCCGGCGUUGGUUAACAAAGGUUGUGAUUUUCUCAAAGAUCAUUACUUAGUCCCACCAAAUUGGAGGCAAGAUGAGAAUAAAGGUAUGAUAAGAAAUCAGGAUGGGCGUUGGAUACAACCUGAUAGAUUGAAAUUUGAUGAUCAUCCUCAAGAUAUUCACCAUCAUCUUACACAAUUAGGCUUACAUUUUUACUCCUAGCUAAAAGUUCUUGAUUCAAUUUACAGUUUCUAGAUAGGGAGUAUACCACAUUGUUACUCUUAGUGAAAUAUCCUGGACAAUGUUUCAAAUAGUUUGAUUGGAUAAUGUUUCCUGCUUGGAGUUUCAUUCAUGUUUUUUUCAUUGGAUAAUUGCAAUGAAUAACACUUUUAAAAUCAACAAUUAGGUAAGUGUAUAAUAUAUUUAAAUAUUUGCAAAUAUAACAAAAUUUAUCACUAA